AUGCCGCUCCCUAUGUCCGAUUCAACAUGUCUGCAUGCUCCAGCAACGGAUGCCGACGCUGCCGAUACAACGGAUGCCGGGGUUGCGGAUACAACGAAUCCCGACGAGAAAUCACGGAAGAGACUCCAGAAUCGGGUGUAUCAAAGGACGCACAGGGCCCGCAUGAAGAACUCUGGCCCUGGUUCCAAAAAACGGCAGCGUCCAUACGAAACUGAUCGUUGGAGACUUGAUGAAGUUGAAAAUACUCCAUCAGCUGCUUCGUUACCAGACUCAGUGACCCGUUGCGUGGACAAUAGCAUCAGAAUCAGAGCCAGCAAGGUCAACAACAGCUGCUUCACUUCAAGGCUUGACGUGACACUCCAGACACUAGGAGAGGAUGAGGUCGAGGUAUAUGGCCGACAGCUGCAAGUACUUUCCGUCUCGGUUGGGACAGAACCGUGCUUGUGGCCGCCGCCGCCACCUCUUGCGGAUCAUUUGUUGCACCUGGUCAAUUACAACGUGUUUAGGGGAUUCUUCACGAACAAGGCUGCUCUUUCGCGAGUCACUACACAUAUCAUCCAGAGCCCUGACCGGAGCCACGUGGUGGACAUUAUGAAGACGCUACCGUGCCAAACCAUAAUCGUACCAACAGGGUCCAACAUCCCUCGGCAUCUCAUUCCGACGGCACUGCAAACGCAGAAACCGCACGCUACGUGGAUUGAUUUUAUCCCUUUCCCCAAGAUACGAGAUAAUCUGAUAGCGCAAGAGGACCGAUUCGACCACCUGGACUUUAUGGAGGACGUUGUUGGCGAUGUACUCCAGAAAUUAUUGUUUUCAAACCGAAAAUCAACAGUGGAGCCUCAAGGUUCUAGCCACUUGGUACCAAGCAAAGGCCUUGACGAUGGAAUGACGGCAAACCGAAAAGGGCUCGUCCUGUGGGGAGAACCGCACAAUCCAGAAAACUGGGAGGCCACGCCUGAGUUCUUGCGGAAAUGGGGGUGGACUGUAGAUGGGUGUGAUGAGUUGAUAAAGUCCAGUAAUCAUUGGAGGAUGCUGAGAGGGGAAGAGAUGAUGCAGUUUUCGACGUGA